AUGUUGGAAAUCACUGCUUGGGUAGAUGACUACUCAAAUGAAGAGAGGUAUAAUAUCUUGCAAGCCAUUCUCGACCAUGCUCCGGAGUUUAAACUAAUUACGGUCACUACCGAGAGCGCCCGCGAGAAACAAGCUGAGCACCCCAAGCUCUCAAUCGAGCUAUGCAAAACCCCCGCAGCCCUUCUUCCUAAUAUAUCCCUAAUACCGAUUGCGAGUACACUAUCCCGAAUCAAGCUAUUAUCUCUAAUACUUUCUUUAGUAAAGGAAGUUGCACUACCAGAGAAUAUUCAGAGAGCUGCUAAUAGUAGCGCGAGAUCAGGAGAACGCGACUUUGCCUACGAACCGGCUAAUCCUAUUAACUACUAUAACCUUAUGACUCAAGAAAAUGAGGCUGUAUUAUUGGAAGAUACACGUAUAUACCGAGCGGGAUUGAGUGCGCCUCGGUGGGAAGAGAUCGACGGGCAUAAUGAUCUUAUAUAA